UGUUGUGAAAUUUUGCAUGAGCCUUCUUUAUGAAAGAUAAUGUGAAUACCAGCAUAUAAUACUGUUUAAUAUAUCAAGUUUGAAGGAACUUUUAUAAAAGAAUGCUUGAUAAAGGUUUGUUUCUGCUAUCACCACGUUAGUAGAUCUUUGGAACAGAAAUCAUCAUGGCUGCCAAUCCUAGCAAUCAGAAGCGGAUUUUCAUCUGGCACACUGCCAGAUCUCUGUCGGCAGUUUUCACUCGAUCUCUCUCUCAAAUCCCAGACUCCUGCGCUAUCUUGGCACACUUCUGCUCUGCAGGGAGAUUUGGCCCAGAGCGUAAGUAUCUACAAGACUAUGAGUAUGAAUACGCUGGCACAGAUACCUAUGAAUCAAUGAAGGCCAUCUAUGAGCAACCUCGGCCAGGCAAGUCUGUUGUCAUCGGGAAGGAUUGCAGUCACUAUCUGGAUGGAAGGUAUGAAUUCAUACCAGAAGGCUACCAGCAUAUCUUUCUGACAAGGCACCCUUUGAAGUCCAUCUCAUCUUUUGCGACACGCAUCAAAACACUCCCUAAGGAGCAAGUGUUUCAAGUUGGGUUAAAUCAACACAAGUCUCUGCACAACCUCCACCACUACCUGAAGACCACCCAUGGCAUCAAUGCUCCUGUGCUGGAUGCUGACGACCUGAUUGCACAACCUAAGGAGAUGCUACAAAAGGUCUGCAAGAUCCUAGGUCUACCGUUCAGCCACAAGCUUCUAACCUGGGACUGGACUGAUGAAAAGCCGGAUAACUGGAUGGUAAGAAGCACCUUUUGGGAAGAUCAUAAGAUCUAUGGAUGGUACGAUAACUGUCUCCAUAGUACUGGUUUCAGAAAGCCAACAGAGGCAGCAAAGACUCUGGAGCCGGAGUUUGUAAAGAUGGUAGAAGAAGCUUUACCAUACUAUGAAGAGCUCAUAAAAAUGCAUAUUUAA